AUGACCGCGAUCAGAACGGAAGCCCGACGUGGCUUGUUACUUAGCUGGCUUGGAAGAUGCACGGCCGGUGGAGAAGUGGUGAAAGCCAUCCGAUCUUGCCUCCGGGAAUGGAUCGAAGCUAGGGUCGGGAACACCUUCUACACAACCCGGCUGUUGACUGGAUAUGGCUGUUUUGGUCAGUAUUUGAAACGCAUCGGGAAGGAAGUCUCGGAGCGGUGCUGGCAGUGCAGGGUAAUGGCCGACAUUGCCGGGCACACUCUUCGGUACUGCACGGAAUUCACCGACCAGAGGGAGAUGUUGUCCUCGGUGAUCGGUCGGAAUCUCUCAAUGCCUGCCAUCAUGCGAGCAAUGAUGAGAAGGGAGACUCGGGAUGCGGUCGUUAAAUUUUGCGAGAGCGUCAUACGCCGUAAGGAAUGA